GAAAGAACUAGUUCAUUUGGAGCUUUUCUAACCAACCAAAGCUAGGCUUAGAGAAAAUCAAAUUCUCCGAAGAGUCUCAAAACGAUCGUAGACUGAGCAGCGUCUUGCAGCGGCGGUCCGCGAAUUUUGUAUUUGUCUUCUGCCAGCAUCGGACGGGCGACGGGGAUGAGCGGAUGAUGGCCAAUGACGAAUGAGCCGAAUGUCCCCCAGAACCAGCAAUCAAAAAUAAAAAGCCAAUCUUUAGUCGAAACUCGAUAAACUAGCUGCGUGCUGCUGCCAAAAGUGAAAUUAGAAGUGGAAAAGAAAAGUGACAAUCUUAACUGGUUGCCCCCAAAACCAGUCGGAAGCUGCAACAAAAAUAACAAAAAAGACGCAAAAAAAAAUCACAAAAGGUGGAAACGUAGAUCCCCAAGCAUGUAUCGGCCAAAUUUCUACGAGUCGACUUGCCUGCGCUGUAGCGAGACUGUCUAUCAGGUAGAUCGCGUGGGUCCGCUCAAGGAUUUCACAUUCUUCCAUUCCGGUUGCUUCAAAUGCGUACACUGUGGCACCAAGCUGACGCUCAAGACAUAUUUCAAUAAUCAGCACAAGCAGGAUGACAAAGAGGUCUAUUGCAGUUCACAUGUACCAAAGAGCGGACCCGGCCAUCUAGACCAGACCUCGGUGGGUAUUCGUCAGGCCCUGAAUGCCCCGCGCACCAACAAAUUCGUGAACGAGCAGAUCCGGGGAACGCGCAGCGAGAUCGAUGGUGGCCCUCUGGGGGGCUCUCGCCAGUCCACACCAAAUGGCUAUGGCGGCCGUGAUGUCAGCUCUCCGUCCCAAAACGAUUCCGACUACAAGUACGGACGGUUCGAUGCCAGUGCCCUGCACAUCGCCCACGCCCUCAAGCAGACGGAGAUCCAGAAGGCCUACAAUAAGGCGCGCGAGAAGCCAAUUGACUUCUACCUGGCUCGCGAGGAGCAGGCCCGUCUCGAGAUGAAGCAUCGCAAGGAGGAGGACGACCUGUACCGGAAGUUUGCACGGAAGCGCGAGGAGGAGGAUCGCAAGAUCCAAGACGAAUUCCAGGACGAAUGGGAGCGUGAGCUGCAGCGGCUCACCCACAAGUUCGAGAAGGAGUUGGCCACCUCACGCCGGAGUCGUGAUGAGGCGAACAUCCUGACCCUGCGCCACGAGCAGCAGAAGGAGGAUCUGGAGAAGAAUAUGACGCUGCGGCGCAGCAAGAAGAAGGAGAGCAUCACACGGAAGAUGCUGGAGCACGAGCGAUACGAGACAGCUGCCCUGGUGGACCGGCAGUCCAGCGAAAUGCUGGAGCUGAUCAGUGCCCGUCGGUCGGAAUACAUGCAGAGCGAAAGCAUCUUCCUGGACGAUGAGUUCAGCGAGGGCGCCGUGCCCAUUGAGUAUCCUCUAAAUGCCCCAGUGCCGGCUCCACCAGCGGUCAGCAAGUUCCAGAUCUACACCGAUCCCAUUGAGUUCGAGGACGUUGAUCGCAUUGCCAUUUCGGUGGCCCAGGAGGAUCAGAAGACCUUCACGGAUCUAGUCCGUCAACUGGUCGGCCGUUGCACCACGGACAUCGAGAAGGCCCGCACCAUCUUCCGCUGGAUCACGGUGAAGAACCUCAACGCCAUGCACUUCGACGACGAUCUGCGCGGCGACACACCCAUGGGUCUCCUGCGAGGCAUCAAGUACGGCACGGAGAGCUACCACGUUCUCUUCAAGCGUCUCUGCAGCUACGCCGGACUGCACUGCGUGGUCAUCAAGGGGUAUUCAAAGAGCGCCGGAUACCAGCCGGGCGUUAAGUUCCAGGACUCGCGAUUCCGCAACUCCUGGAACGCGGUCUAUGUUGCUGGCGCCUGGCGCUUCGUCCAGUGCAACUGGGGUGCCCGACACCUGGUCAACGCCAAGGAGGCGCCCAAACAGGGACGCGGCAAGAACGACAGUCUGCGUUACGAGUAUGAUGAUCAUUAUUUCCUCACGGAUCCGAGGGAGUUCAUCUACGAGUUCUAUCCGCUGCAGGAGGAGUGGCAACUUUUGAAGCGCCCCAUCACCCUGCGAGAGUUUGAGAACCUGCCCUUCGUCCGGUCCCUGUUCUUCCGCUAUGGACUGCACUUUGCGGACGAGGGCUAUGGAGCUGUGGUGUUCACCGACGACACUGGAGCGGCCACUGUCCGCAUCGCAAUGCCCACGGACAUGCAGAGCUGCCUGAUCUUCCACUACAACCUCAAGUUCUACGACAGUGACGAGGAGCUAUCCUACGAUGGUGUAUCCCUCAAGAGAUUCGUGAUGCAGUCCGUCAUUGGUAACAUUGUGGCUUUCCGAGUGCAUGCCCCCUGCUCUGGAGCCUUCUUAUUGGACAUUUUCGCCAAUGCGGUCACUCCCCAGGAGUACCUCACCGGUGAACCCAUGAAGUUCAAAUCGGUGUGCAAGUUUAAGAUUUGCUGCGAGGAGCUGCAGACGGUGAUGGUGCCACUGCCGGACUGUGCCAGCGGGGAGUGGGGGCCGACGAAGGCCACCCGCCUAUUCGGACUCAUCCCCAUCACGCAUCAGGAUCCGCUUAUCUUCGCCGGACGCAGCCUGGACCUACAGUUCCGCAUGUCGCGUCCACUUACAGAUUUUAUGGCCACGCUCCACAAGAACGGCAUCGAGGAGAAGAAGCUGGCCAAGUAUGUGACUCACAGCACGCUGGACGACAUUGUCACGUUCAUCAUUAACUUCCCCGAGGAGGGUCAGUACGGUCUGGACAUAUACACCCGCGAAUUGGGCGCCCCCCAGCAUCAUCAUCAUCAUCACAACAACAACAAUAACAACUCGUCAUCAUCCUCCGGCGAGAAGCAUUUGUUGACGCACUGUUGUAAAUAUUUAAUCAACUCGUCCAAGCGGAAUUGAGUCGGUUUGGACACUGGACACUGGACACUGGACACUGGACACUUGGAUAGGAUGCCUGUCUCCCGGAAAGACAGCAUAGACAAGAGGCAUUCUAAGCAAACAGAAGCACAAGCAAAUUGCAAUAUUAAUUAUAGUCUAUGUAUAAGCGGAAACUUGACCGGCGUUUACCACCACAUCACAAAGAAUCCAUUAUGCAGGUGCUAAGAGACAACCAUUCGGUCCACCAUCCAAUCCCCGCCAGCUCAACGAGAUGAUGAUAAUCGUGGCAACAACAGGACAUCCGAACUUGUAAAUACUCUAGACUCUAAUCAUUAGACCUUAAAGACGCCUAGUAAUACCAUAUACCAGCCCUAAACCCAGCUCUUAAUCUGUACAUCUACCGAAUACCGAAUAAUGCUUAAUAAUUUAUUACAAAAAAAAAGAAUAUAAACGUUGCCCCUAUCCAUAUAUUAUAUUAAAAUACAAUUAUCAAUUAAAAAAGUUUGAUGUUUUUAGUGUUUAAGCGUUCGUAAUGUGAAUAAAACCCUAUAUCUUAUGCCUUAUACCCCCAAAAAAAUGUAAUCUCUUACUGCAAUCCAGUUUAUUUAUAUUUUAUUUGUUCAUACUUCUUAUCAUACAAAGUUUUUAAGGUUGACUUUCCCCC